GUGUCCGAGCCGCGCGGUAUCGCGAGAUUUGCUCUGUCCGGAACUUCCGGGUCUUGUUUGCCAUCGUCGACUGGCUGUAGUUAUGCGCUCCAGGUUAGUUUGGAAUGUUUUCCGGGGCUUUUGGGCCCGCCGGGAUGUUGUCCCGGCCCGCCGACACCUAAGCUGCAGUAACCUGCCCCUGGAGGAGCUGUUCGCCCGCGGCGGACCUCUGCGGACCUUCCUCGAGCGCCAGGUAGGCUCUGAAGCCCAGUUACAGGUCAGGCGGCCUGAGCUGGUGGCGGUGGCCAAACUUCUGAGCGACAAGGAGCAGGAGCUGCAGGAGACCCAGCACCUGCUGCAUGAUGAAAAUGAGGACUUAAGGAAACUUGCCGAAAAUGAAAUAACUUCAUGUGAAAAAGAAAUAGCUCAAUUAAAGCAUCAGGUAAGGGUGGGGGUAGACAUGAGUAGAAGAGACUGUGGAGCAAUGAUUAUCUUACUUUUGGUUCCCUCAGAAGAAGCAGAUAAAAAUGAUUUGAUCCUGGAGGUAACUGCAGGAGUUGGGGGUCAGGAGGCAAUGUUGUUUACCUCAGAGAUAUUUGAUAUGUAUCAGCAGUAUGCUGCAUUUAAAAGAUGGCAUUUUGAAACCCUGGAAUAUUUUCCAAGUGAAAUAGGUGGCCUUAGACAUGCAUCUGCCAGCAUUGGGGGUUCAGAAGCCUAUAAGCACAUGAAGUUUGAAGGAGGUGUGCACAGAGUCCAGAGAGUGCCCAAGACAGAGAAGCAAGGCCGCGUCCACACCAGCACCAUGACUGUAGCCAUCCUACCCCAGCCCACCGAGAUUAACCUGGUGAUUAAUCCUAAGGAUUUGAGGAUUGAUACUAAGCGAGCCAGUGGAGCCGGGGGUCAGCAUGUGAACACCACAGACAGCGCUGUCCGGAUCGUUCAUCUCCCAACGGGUAUUGUUUCUGAAUGCCAACAAGAAAGAUCUCAACUGAAAAAUAAAGAAAUGGCUAUGAAAAAGUUACGUGCAAAACUGUACAGCCUGCAGCUAGAAGAAGAAACAAGCAAACGAUACAAUGCUAGAAAGAUUCAGAUUGGCACAAAAGGAAGGUCAGAGAAAAUAAGAACAUAUAAUUUUCCACAGAACCGAGUCACAGAUCACAGAAUAAAUAAGUCACUUCAUGAUCUUGAAACUUUUAUGCAAGGAGAGUACCUACUGGAUGAACUUGUACAGUCAUUGAAAGACUAUGCUAAUUAUGAAUCUUUAGCAGAAAUUAUUUCCAAAAAAGUUUAAGUUGAUUUGUUAUUAAAGACUUGUAUAGCUUGUGAAAAUUCUGUUACAGCAAAUCAGGUUGUGUAUAUACAGUAUUCUCUUGAAACACAUGAGUUAACACAGUUGAGAGUAACAUUUUUAAUAAACAGCUAAUUUAUAUACGUCUCUGAACGUAUUAAGUGAAAAAACAUAA